AUGUUUGGGCCGACUUACAGCGUAACCAAAAUUACGUGUAUCGUGGCAAUAUGUGGCUUUAUUAUGGGGAUGGACGUCACUUCAUCGUCGGUAUUCCUGGGUAAGGAUCACUUUAUCGAGUAUUUCAACCACCCCAGUCCAAUAUACCAGGGGCUUCUUACGGCAGCAAGUCCGCUUGGUGGCCUUUGUGGAUGUAUCUUAUUCAAUUGUCUUGCAGGGAAAUUAGGCAGGGUUGACUUAUUCCGAGCUGGUUUGGCUCUUUGGGUCAAAGGAAGCUUUAUAGGACUAUUCUCAUUGAAUUUAUGGUUGGUAAUUCUGUCAAGAUGGGUCAAAGGUCUUACGGUGGGAAUGUUUUCAAUCUUGAUUGCUGCGUAUGUUGCGGAAGUAAUUCCAAAACAUAAAAAAGGCCGGACAAUGGCAUUGGUCCAGUUAGCAUUUUCCUUGGCUAUGUUGACAAUUUACUACCUGUGCGUCUUACUGGACUCUCUUGGAUCACCCUUGUCCUUCAGAGUUGUCUGGGGAUUGGAGAUGACACCUGCUGUGACGGUCCUUGCUUUGACGAUGUGGCUUCCAGAAUCACCAGAAUGGUUGACGCUUCACGGCGACUACAUGAGAGCAGAGGAGAUACAAAACCGCUUGGCUGCACACCACAACAAAUCCAGUGACGGAACAAAAGUAUCCUUGUACAGCAAACUGGAACUGGCUUGUAUUUAUGGGAGUAAGGCUGACGGAUUCGGCUACUUGGACCUGUUCAGAAAGAACUGCUGGAGACAAACACUUAUGGGUUCUACUCUGCAAUUGCUGAUACAAUUCAGCGGAAUUAAUAUUGUAAUGUAUUACAUCAUUUUCCUCUGUGAUAUGAUCGGCCUCCAAGGAACAGUUCGACUUGUUUCAGCUUCUAUGCCUUAUCUCAUAAACGUACCACUGAAUAUAUUACCAAUUAUCAUUUCGGAUCAUGUCAAGAGGAAGGAUCUGACACUAGCGGGUGCUUUUCCGUUAAGCAUCAUUAUGCUAAUUCUUGGGACUACGAUGGCAUGCAACGGGAAACGGGUCCCGCCCAUAAAUGGCAACAAGUCAUUGAUCUGGGCAAUUGACGAGAGCGUAGGUUCGCUAGUCCUGGGUCUUUCGUUCUUAUUUGUUGCAGUGUUUACAAUUACUCUAUCCAGCGGACCAUGGAUAUACACCAACGAGCUGUUACCGACAAAGGCCAAACACAGAGGCCUCGCCGUUUGCAUGCUUGUGGGAUGGACUGCAAAUUUUUCGCUUACUUUGCUGGGACCUGUCAUGCUGGCAACUAUUAGCUGGGGGACUUUCAUACUUUUAGGCACUGCUACAUUUACCAUUUCGAUGGCUAUUCUGCUCUUUUUUCCCGAUACGAAGGACUUGACGCCGGAGGAGAUCGACCAUCUCUACGAUAAGAGCUCUCAAGAUGUGGCAGCGUCAUCCAGCUGCAAAGAAGACCUUGAAAAUAAUUCGCCCGAUUCUUCAUGUGUCGCCCAAGCAGAAGCUGGUUCCGAAGCGAUUAAAAUGCUGAACGAGGACAAAGCAGUCGUUCAGCCCGAAUGA